UCUAUCAGCCAGUAGCAGCACACGUCAAUCCAACACCAGGUUCCAUGGAGAAUGCCGAGAUAACUCGAAUAACGGUACGCUACAAUAUUUAUGUGGGAGAAAUGAUCUUCGUUUGAUAAACAACCGAAUAUGGGUUUGUCUCGCGCAUCAAUAAACCGCACAUAAAACAACAACAACAACAACAAACGGCAGAACUGUUUUUCGUCUCGUCACGAAACCCAACAGCUCCAGCCGAGACAGAACCAUUGUCUGAAUAUAUGUUUAGGAUGGCCUGGAUAGGCAAGAAGAAGUCGGUGAUAGCCACCAGUCUGAUCGCGGUGGUGUCGCUCUUUGUUGUGGUGGUCAACUACUCAGAGAAGCCAUACUUCCUCCUGGAACCAGUCUUCGGACAAACCUUCAGCAGCCACUGGAUGUUCUCCAGGCAGACUCACAAGGCCUUCAAACCUCACCUGGGAUACGUCAGCAUCCCUAAUCAGGAGCCGCUGAAGCUACACUGUGAGGUCUGCUCCGUGGUGUCCAGUUCAGGUCAGAUGUUGGGCCAGGCGGCAGGGCCGGAGAUCGACCACUCCUCCUGUAUUUGGCGUAUGAACAACGCCCCGACGCGCGGGUUCGAACACGACGUGGGGCACCGCACCACCCUCCGGGUCGUCUCUCACACCUCUGUGCCCCUGCUGCUACAGAGGCCUCAGUACUUCUUUGGCCAGGCCAACGACACGGUAUAUGUGGUGUGGGGUCCUCUGAGGAACAUGAGGAAGGAUGGGAAGGGCAUUGUGUACAACAUGCUGAGACAGGCUGUAGAGAAGUACCCCCAGGCUAGGAUCUACCUCACCACAGAGGAACGCAUGAACUACUGUGACAUGGUGUUCAAGAAGGAGACCGGGAAGGACAGGAUCCAGUCUGGUUCGUACCUCAGUACCGGUUGGUUCACUCUGAUCCUGGCCAUGGACAUGUGUAAAGAGAUCCACGUCUACGGCAUGAUCAACGACACCUACUGCAAGUAAGACACAGACUGACUGAUUGAUGGAUUGAUUGAUGGAUGGAUGGUUUGAGGGAUGGAUGGAUGGAUUGAUGGAUGGAUUAAUUGAUUGAUGGAUGGAUUGGUGGAUUGAUUGAUUGAUGGAUUGAUGGAUUGAUGGAUAGAUUGAUUAACUUUACUGUUCAUCAAUAAGGAAUGCACACAGAAACAAUAAGUUUCCAGACAUUAAAAUGGCACCAUGUCCCUAUUCCUUUCACCAGAGCCCAUUUUGGAUACAGUCACAACCUUACCUAUUUGUCACCCUAUUCCCUACAUAGUGCACUACUUUUAGACCAGAACCCGAAGGCACCAUAUUCCCUAUAUAGUGCACAACUUUAGACCAGAAGCUUAUGGGUGUCCCUAUGGGCCCUGGUCAAAACUUGUGUAGUACAUAGGGAAUAGUGUGUCGUUUGUGACUUCCUAAUAAAUAUAAUUAUGUCUCCAUACUUAGGAUACUGUGGAGGUUAGCUGCCUGGUCUCAUUCUCAGUAGAUACUGUGGAGGUUAGCUGCCUGGUCUCAUUCUCAGUAGAUACUGUGGAGGUUAGCUGUCUGGUCUCAUUCUCAGU